AUGUCUGACCGGAUCAUUUAUACCCAGUCUAACUUGUCUUCCGUGCCCUGGGAGAGCAGUGCGGCAGCAGCGGUGCCUCCCGUGUCUCCUCCUACACCUGCAUGCUACCAUGUCCUCUACCAAAGAUGUGGAGAAACCCAGGUGGGCUGGCAUGGGGAGACAUACUACCUGGUUGGUGGCUACCGGCUCUAUGGGGACGCUCCCUUGGCCACUUCAGCCAAGGACAAAAUAGACAAGCCGGCAGAGAAAGGGGCUCCCAAGAAAUGCAGUGCACCAUCAGAGGCGGAAAAGACCCUGGGUUGCCCUGGCCCCAAAAUUCGGGGCUUAAACUGGAGUGGCAAGAGAGCAAUGCCACAGAAGCUUCCUUGCUGA